UCAUUUGGUGACUAUAUAGAGAUGAACUGAAAUGCCAUGUGGCAUAUAUUACAUUGAGUUGAAUAAUUUAUGACUUCUGUAGUUCGCGAUUAAAUUUGAAGCUUAGUUUGUGUUUUUGAAUUAAUGCCAGCCGUCACAGAUUCCAAUUAAUUGAAAAGAGUAUUAUUGGAUAAGUUAUAUUUCACCUAAUUCUGCUUACCUGACUGUUCUGAAAUUUCCGUUGAGCUUUCCCUUUUUAAUGCUUCAUUUGAGCCAGCAGGCUGUUUAUAAAUUGCCUACCCAUUGUUGGCUAAGCACUUUUCAAUUUGCGCCCGCCCACGCGUCCUGCCACGCCCCUUCGCUGUUUCAGCGAACAGCUGUCCCAAUUUAUCGCACCAGGGCGAUCAAUAAGCGACCAUAAAACUAAUUGCGCCGUGUCUUGAACUAAUUAAACUCGCACAAACACACAGUAGUAAUUGCCGAGCAUUUCGAUUUUUUCUCGCCUUUUUUCCCUUUUAUUUUUUGUACUUUUUGCGCUUCUUACGUGUCGUAGGGAAACUUGAGCCCGAGUUCGCGUAUCCUGCAAGUGUAAGUUCGGUUCGGUUGGGCUAAGUAAUUUUGAGCCGGAAACUGGCAAUUUCCGCUUGCCGUUGCCACACUCGCGUCCACUUACACACACACUUGUGUGUGCUCACUUAGCUCCAAAAAGGACUUUCUGCCUUUUCGUUGGCCAAACGUAUGUACAAGUCAACGAACUCGAGGGGCUAAGUGUGAAUUCGCGUGUGCGGGUCGAGUUAGAAAGCCAAGACUAUGGCGAGAAGUAAACUGUUUAAAGAUGGAUAACACCAUAACUCACGACAUAAUUAUAAUUAUAAGAAGAGAAAACUAUUGCUUGUUAUUAAAAUAAAUAAUAUAGUCUGUCGACAAAUACACUUCAAUAACGAGCGCGGACAGCCAUUAUAAAUAAUUAACUCUCCCUUCGUUCUGACUGCGUGGCCUUGCCAAAUGCAAACAAAUUGCGGGUCUUCUAAAACAGAAAUUAAAUUUAAUACCGCCCCAAAUAGGAGGGCAAACAAAAAGGCACUCGGCGAAAGCAAUUCAAAUGAAAACCCCGCAACGACAAAUCAGAUAACAAAGCGGGCAGGCACACGCACACAGAUAAACACAACCCAUCCCGAGCGGUCAGCAAUUAGGAGAACCCACCAGCCACCAGCAGCAGCACCACCAACAGCCCACUAUCCACCGUACAUCAACCACCAACCACCAACCACCACCCACCGACAUCAACAAGUUCACCCCACCAGACGCAUUUGAGCCACCAAACUCACGAUGAAUUUAAUGUUCCGCAAGAAUUUCCGCGAGGGGGCCAGCAAAACGGGCGGCGGCGGCGGAAAGCUGCAGUCGAAGGCCAACAGGACGAAGCGCUCCCGGGACAUGGGACUCGUCCAGCAGCCGGAGGAGAUCCACUACAGGACCCACCUCUUCUUCUCGCCCAACCGACCCGGCUACGAUGUGGGCGAAGAACGAUGUAGCGCCCUGUCAGGCAUCCCGAGCACCCCGCUCUCAAGCACCGCCCCCUCGCUGGCCCUGCCCGGCAACCUGCCCUACGAGCUGGACAUUCCGCAGCCGCUGGUCGACCGCCGGCCGUCCGUCUCCCUGAUGCGCUGGAGCAGCAGCGGACCGGUGAACUUUGGUGGCGGCGCCAACUCGGGAGUCACACGAGCGGAACCUAUCUCAUUGGCCACCCUGGAUCGCGACUGCUUCAUCAUUCCCGUACACAGUGUGGACCGAUUCCUGCCAGCUGGCAUUCCUCUGCCCGCCUUAAGUGCCGAUGGUAAGGCCACAAGCCCUCUCAGUGUACUUGAAGUCUCCGAUCCGAAGCUGUGCAUCCUGGUGCACUUGAUGAGUCCCCUGGAGGCCAUCGAUCCGGUGAUGGAGUCGCCACUCGCGCAUCCGCUGCUCAAGCAGCGCUCCAUUGCCGCCGAAUUGGUGACCGAAGUGCAGCAGGCCAACACGGCAGUGGGCGGAAUGCUGCUGGCCAACAUGGAGAAGAGUUCCGAGUUCCCCUUCAUCUCGUACUACCUGAUCAACACGCUGCAGACGGAUCCUUCCAGCUUCUAUGCUGGCCUGCGCGUCUCCUCGCUGUCCAAGUUCGAGCCAAAGGCCCUCAAAUACACUGCCGCCCACACACUGGACCUGUACAGCGAAGUGGCGGCCAUUUGCCGCCCGCCGCUGGUUUUGCCCUCCAACGAGGUGGGCAGCUUCAAGAAAUCGCAGACCGCGGCCACCGGCUACAUUAUUAGCGUGUUCAAGGUUUUCGAGGGUGACGAUGGCGAACGAUUCGAAAAGAACUGGCUCUACUGGACUGGAGCCCGGAUGUUGUACAGGUACCUGCCACGUGCCGCGGGCCUGAGGCGCAUCGCCCUGCACAAGAGCACCUCGCAGAAGGGCGACAAGAUGUAUCUGCUGGUGUGCGAGUGCGCCGAGCUGCUGAAGGACAUCUCGCUGGCCGCCUUCCUGAUUCCGGCGCUGCGGGCGAGGCUGUGCGGAUACACCGGACUCUAUCGACCAAUACAGGCCUUCUAGUCUAGAGCGCCGGAGCCACGUAUUUUUCUAUCUUUAUCUGUACAUAGUGGAUCUGGAGCUAAGCCAUAAUGCGAAACAAGCACUGCAAUGUGGAGGAAACUGCACCCGUUACGUGAUUCUAAUUCGAUAUUAACUAGGCCUAAACACAUUUUUCAACUUUCUCUACUAAGAGUCGGCAUUAUCAGCGCUGCUAGGGAAUGGGCGAUUAGGCAUCUUACUUAAGUAGUUGACAAUAUACUCAAGGCAACUUCAUAUCGUGUGCUAGGUUUUUCUAUAAAUCAUAUAGAGGCAAGCCCAAUUAAUAGGACCAUAUCUAGUGUGAGUUGGUAGCGAAGAACUUCCAUUUUAUCCACAACAAAUAGAGAUUCAGUGGGAACUAUAUAUGUAUACCGAUAUAUCGUAGUAGUAAAUCACUUAUUUGAACGCUGAAUUUUGCGCUGAAAUGUAGGCUAUGAAAUCUGCAAACCAAGAGUCAAUUCUUAGCAUUAAAAAACCUAAAAGAUUGUCAAGCUGGGGAAUGAAUGCAAUUGAAAGGGUUUCAUCAGAGGGAUGGGGGAUGUAGCUAACUUUGCCCAAAUCUAACACAAAUCUGCCAAAGAUGUAAGCAAGUCUAAACUUAAUUUGAAUCAAACAAUGGUUUAAAAUUGCAAAUUUUAUAUAUAUAAGCAAAUGAUUAAGCCAAAUAAGAUUUUCAAUCAAAACAUUGACUAAUUAUUGCUUGGCUGCAGCUUGCCACUUACACUUUAGGACUUAUACCAUACAUAAAGGCAUACAUUUAUGACAAUUGUAAAUAGUCUUUGCUCCGAAUACACAAAUAUUUGAGAAUUAUAUAAUUUUGCACAAUAACAACAGAAUCAAAAAGUGCUGUGAUAAUUAAACUAUAGCAGAGCAGAGCCGCAAAUGCAAAGAAUAUAAUAAAACCCAGGAAUAUGGAUAGUCCCAGCCAUAGAACCUAAUUUCACCCAGUCAAAGACAAUAUCAUUUAGGUACCAUUGAAUAUUCACUGGUCUGUGGCUUUUAUUUCCAAAACAAAUCCAAUUAUUUAAAUAACCUAAAAACAGAUAACUCUCAAUGCUUAUGCUAAGCCUAAAGCCUAAGAAUAUAUUAAUUACCAAAUGUUCGAAAUUUUUUGUCACAUCUUGAGCUGCAAGCUUGGAGCGCGUUUAGCAUUAAUAAUAAAGCGUAACACUGAAAUACACUAAA